AUGCGCCGAGCCGCCGCGUCCGAGGCGCGGGCUGCAGCAGCAGAGGCUCGCGCCACGGCCGCAGAGGCACGGGCUGCUGCUGCGAGCGCCGCCGCCGGCUCGACGCCACCGGCGGAUUGCACGUCGCCCGGGCUCGGCAAGCCGGACAAUACCGAGACGAACCGGAAGCUCGAGGCGGCGCUGCAGCGCGUCGCCAACGAGCGGAAGGAGGUGAUGCUGUCGCUGGCGAACGACGUGAUGAUGUGCACCAACCGCAAGACGUGCUGGUGGAACGGCGGCAAUGCCUUCUGCACGAAGAGAGGCGACGCGCCUUCGCUGCGGCUCGAGCUGCCCGUGCCGAGCGCGCAGCAGAACUCGCGCGGCGCAGACGUUGUCGAUCUCGACCUCGUCUUCCUCAAGGAGCCUCUGCCGCGACGGCCACGGAAGGCAGAGACUGAGCUCGAGGGAUGGGCGUCCACCGACGGCUUCUCCAAGUCCUGGGCCGGGGGGCAGAUCAGCUCGGUCCACGAGCCAAAGAUGGGCUGGGGCGGCGGAGGGCUCUACGUGCAGCACUUCACCCUCAACGUCGGCUGCGCCUUCCUCCGGCCCACGCCACGCGCGGUGCUGCUGCUGGAGCGAGUGGCGGAUCAGCUCUCAAAGGCGGCGGCGUGGGACCAGCAAGUCUUCAACUCGGAGGCCUUCAUGCUCUCGCACGGGUCGUACAACGGCUCGGGCGUAGCGGUGCGGGUGAUGCAGUACGACCAGUUCAUGAACUCAAAGGUGUUCUUCUUCUCGGAGCGGCGCCGCUUCUUUCCGGGCAGGUUGACGGCAGAGGCCGACUGGCCCGUGAUGGUGCACUUCAACUACCACCCCGACAAGCACAAGCGGAUGCUCUGCGUUUGGGAGAGGUACGUCGGCGGAAAGCCAGACGCUUGCGACAGCCUGCCUCAGGCCGGGUGAUUUCGUGCCAGGGCCUGCGUGUGGCCAGCCGUGGGCGCUGGCUGGAGAGAGUCGAUAUGAAAACUAUUACCGC